AUGUCUCACGAUGCGCCGGCGUCCUCCUUUACGGAGGCCGUAGAGCGGCCCAAGAAGAAUCGAUCUUUCCUCCGUAUUCCGUCUCGCUCGUCGUCAAAGAAGAAUAGGGAAACGUCACAAUCAGAAGACCUAACCCGGGAAGGCACUGGAGUAUCGCUAUCCACUUCACAGACAAACCUGACAGGGAGCCACAGCAAGGCGAGCAGCACAAGGUCACGACAAGCGCAGCCUCUGGAGCCCAGAGCUGCCCAUAUCGGAACCAAAAAUGGAGUCCCACGGACGGAACAUGAAUCGAAGGUGGAAAAGAAGCCAAGGGGUUCGCUGUGGUCAUUCCUGAGCUGCUGUCGUGCGCCUAAAGACGACGGCGAUGGUGAAGAUAUGGCCUCGCGCCCACCAAAGCCGAUAGCCAAACCUCAUUCCCUAAGGAAUAAGCAAUCAAUUUCCGAGAAACCGGAUGCCGGCGUUGCAGAAUCGAGCAAUACCGAUAGGAAAGAUGCGAAUGACACUACCGAGAAACCAGCCAUCAAGAUAUCUGACGAGCAGAGCACGCAGAAGACAGAAAAUGAUACUAUGGUCGCCGUCGACGAUGGACACAAACCAGUCAUAGCUAAGAACGAGGAUGAAGAGGCAUCUACCCUUUCUGGUCGUGACGGUAACCCCCAUCAUCAAAUCGAGCCGGUAGUCCCGGAAACUUCCAAACUUGAGUCAGGAUAUCUGCUAUCUGAAGAAUCUGGCGCGUCGAAUUCUACACUUGCUCCUCCAACUGAAAAACACGCAGAGCCUUCACCGCCUACCUCAGAGCAACAGAAUAGGGGUGACGAGACCAACAUGCAUGACCAGUAUCCGACCACCACUGUUGACGAACCAGUUGCCGAAGUGAAUAACCAAGUAGCUCAUCAAACCAACCUCCCGCCCCCACCUCCAUUAGACCGUCAAUAUACUCAGUCAAACGCGGAUAAGCCAGUUCCACCAGUCCCAUCAGUCCAGAAUGAAAAGCAAAAAUGGCUAUUACCUCCCAUUCAAGACCAUUUCAACGGCCGGAAAUGUUUGGUGUUGGAUCUUGAUGAAACCCUUGUCCAUAGCAGCUUCAAGGUCCUUGACAAAGCCGAUUUCACCAUCCCCGUUGAGAUUGAAGGGCAGUACCACAACAUCUAUGUGAUCAAACGUCCUGGAGUAGAUCAAUUCAUGAAACGCGUUGGUGAACUUUACGAAGUUGUUGUUUUUACUGCGUCUGUCUCGAAGUACGGAGACCCUCUACUAGAUAAACUAGAUAUCCACAAGGUCGUCCACCAUCGCCUUUUCCGAGACAGCUGUUACAACCACCAAGGGAACUAUGUGAAGGACCUUUCACAAGUUGGCCGAGACUUGAAGGAAACCAUCAUUAUCGACAACUCUCCAACCUCGUACAUAUUCCACCCCAAACAUGCAAUCCCUAUCAGCAGCUGGUUCUCAGACGCCCACGACAACGAAUUACUCGAUCUCAUUCCAGUCCUAGAGGACUUAGCCCACAGCCAAGUACGGGAUGUGAGCUUGGUGCUAGAUGUCGCCUUAUAG